GACUCGAUGAGAUCAAGUAUUCCGUUCAAAAUUGCGAUUGAUAACGUCCUUGACUUUUCAUUGUAUAUACGUAAGAAUUAACGAAAGGUUCACCUUAAAAUUACGCGAUUCAAGUAAGACAAACUCGAUAAAAUGUACCCCACAAUCUGUUCGUUAUUUCCAAGAAUUGGUCGCAUAGCCGCCCGGUCACCACUUUCAUCGCUUUUCUGUGUCAAGAAACCAGAAACAUUUCUCCGACGAUCUAACCAGCUGACAACUCGUAACAUAACACGUGCAGCUCAAUGUUCUAGUCAAUGGUUGGCCGCUUUCGAUUCACGUUUCGGGCCGCGUUCGAAAAAGUUUUUUGAACAAAAUCAAAAUAAGGGCGUCCCGAGAAAAAUUCCGGAAACAUUUGCUAAAGUACCAGUCAUCGCGGUUGAAAAUGCACCGAUUUUUCCGAAAUUUACAAAGAUAAUCGAGAUAACCGACGCAAACCUUAUCGAUUUUGUGAAUAAGCAACUCGCUGCGAACAAUGCAUUUUUCGGUGUGUUUCUGAAGAGGUCCAGAGACAACAAGGCCGAAUUGAUAGCCGAUGUGAAUGACAUCCAUCGAGUGGGAACAUUUGUCCAUGUUAAAGACAUGAAAAUACAGAGCGAUCGAGCGGUAUUGAUUGUGGAUGGCAUACGGCGCAUAAAAAUCUCCAAUGAAGGACCAUCGCAUAACAGUGCUGACUGGUUUCGUGGUGAUAACACGCCAUCCGUCUUGGUUGUGGAAACCGAAAAGUUCAAGUCCGAUCGUUACCAGGAAGACGAUCAUCUGAAAGCAAUGAGUCAAGAAAUCGUUCAAACCAUUCGGGACAUCGUUACGUUGAAGCCAAUUCCAAAUGAACUGUUGGAACAAAUUUUACAACAAAAGCAGAGCGUUUUGAAUAACGUUAUCUAUCUCUGUGAUCUCGGUGCUGCUCUGACCAAUGCGUCGCCCGAGGAACUACAAAAUGUUAUGGAAGAAACAUCGAUUCCAGAUCGGUUAAUGCUAACGUUACAGUUGCUCAAGAAGGAAAUGGAACUCACAAAAUUGCAAUCGAAAAUCUCGGAGGAAGUUGAAGCUAAAAUCAAACAAAUGCACCGGAAAUUGAUGUUGUCUGAGCAAAUGAAAGUGAUCAAGAAAGAGAUGGGCGAGGAUUAUAUGGACAAAGAUGCAUCUGCUGUACAACUAAGGAAGAAGCUCGAAGAAGGAAAGCAUGUUCCUGAUAUUGUUCUCAAGACAUUUGAUGAGGAAAUUAGCAAGAUGAAACAAGUCGAGGGAUACGGCAUGGAUUAUAACGUGUCCAGGAAUUUUCUCGACUGGCUGGCCGCAUUGCCCUGGGGUGUUCAAACGAAAGAAAAUUUAUGUAUUGAAAGUGCAAGCAAAGUUCUAGAAGCCGAUCAUUUUGGAAUGGAAAACGUGAAGACAAGGAUCUUGGAAUUUAUAGCGGUCAGUAAAUUGAGAGGCACAACCCAAGGCAAAAUACUUUGUUUCCAUGGUCCACCAGGAGUCGGGAAAACGAGCAUUGCACGUUCGAUAGCCACUGCUUUGAAUCGUAAAUACUACAGAUUUAGUGUCGGUGGUAUGACCGAUGUUUCGCAGAUCAAAGGUCACCGCAGAACUUACGUCGGUGCAAUGCCUGGCAAGAUCAUUCAAGCGAUGAAGUUAACCAAUUCCGAAAAUCCGUUGGUGCUGAUCGACGAAAUUGAUAAGAUUGGUGCACAAUCGAAAUUAGGUGGAGGUGAUCCAAGCUCAGCCCUAUUGGAAUUGCUUGAUCCCGAACAGAACGUUGAAUUCUUGGACCACUAUAUGGACAUCCCGGUCGAUGUGUCGAAAGUGCUUUUCAUCUGCACCGCCAACGACGUCGACAAUAUACCGGAGCCCUUGAAAGAUCGAAUGGAAAUGAUCGAAAUGUCCAGCUAUAUUGGCGAGGAAAAAUUGGCUAUCGCCAAAGGAUAUCUUAUACCCAAGGCGAUGAAAGAAUGUGGCAUUCACACGCCUCAAUUGAAAUGGGAAAACGAUGCUUUGGUUGAGCUGUCACAGAACUAUUGUCGAGAAGCUGGUGUUCGCGGUUUGCAGCAACAAAUCGAGAAAAUUGUUCGGAAAGUCGCAUUCAAAAUUGUGAAAAGCCAUGAGAAAAGUGAAACGAUAACUGCUGCCGGCUUGGAAUCGUAUCUGGGCAGUCCACCGUUUACGACAGAACUGAUGUACAAAGAAACACCAGCUGGUGUUGUAAUGGGAUUGGGUAGUACAUCAAUGGGUGGAACGGUUCUCUUCAUCGAAACGGCGAAGAAACAGCUCGAUGAAAACUCUAAAGAUCGUCCGUCAAUACAAAUAACUGGUAACGUCGGUGCAGUAAUGAAAGAAUCGGUACAGAUUGCUGUUGCAGUUGCCCGAAAUCAUCUUCAAGAAACGGACAAAGACAACACAUUCUUCGACCAAAAUACUAUUCAACUACAUAUUCCGAAGGCUGCCGUACCGAAAGACGGACCAAGUGCUGGCAUCACAGUUGUGGCUGCCCUUCAGUCACUGGCACUGAAUCGACCGGUUAGACAAAAUGUGGCAAUGACGGGCGAAGUGUCACUUAUGGGAAAGAUACUGCCAGUUGGAGGGAUCAAAGAGAAAACAAUUGCUGCUAAGCGAAGUGACGUUAAUUGCCUGAUUUUACCGGAUGAAAACAAGAAGGAUUUCGAUGCGAUUCCGAAGUACAUUACCAAGGAAAUGGAGGUGCAUUUCGUCAAAUGGUAUGCUGAUGUACACAAGCUAUUGUUUCAGGUUUGAUAUUCUUGUUAUUUGCACAUAUUGAGGCGAUGAAUAAAAAUGUUUUGUUCAGC